GUCCGAGGAGCCGCCGCUGGAGCCGUGGACGGUUUGCUGAGCCCGUUAGUGCCCCUGUGGAGACUCAGGCUGCAGUCAUGUCCCGUUACCUGCGACCCCCCAACACGUCUCUAUUCGUAAGGAACGUGGCCGACGAUACCAGGUCCGAAGAUUUACGACGUGAAUUUGGUCGUUAUGGUCCUAUAGUUGAUGUGUAUGUUCCACUUGAUUUCUACACUCGCCGGCCAAGAGGAUUUGCUUAUGUUCAAUUUGAAGAUGUUCGUGAUGCUGAAGAUGCUUUACAUAAUUUGGACAGAAAAUGGAUUUGUGGUCGCCAGAUUGAAAUACAGUUUGCACAGGGGGAUCGGAAGACUCCAAAUCAGAUGAAAGCCAAGGAAGGGAGGAAUGUGUACAGUUCUUCAAACUAUGAUGAUUACGACAGAUAUAGACGUUCUAGAAGCCGAAGUUACGAAAGAAGGAGAUCAAGAAGUCGGUCCUUUGAUUACAACUAUAGAAGAUCUUAUAGCCCUAGAAACAGUAGACCGACUGGAAGACCACGGCGUAGCAGAAGCCAUUCCGACAAUGAUAGACCAAACUGCAGCUGGAAUACCCAGUACAGUUCUGCUUACUACGCUUCAAGAAAGAUCUGAGAAAGCGGAAAAAGAACCAAAGAAGGGCAGUUCAAGCGACCAAAGGGUGGGUGGAAGGUGCUGCAGUAUGAAUACUGUGUGAAUAUUUUGACUCUGGUCUGAAAAGAUAAAAGAAUGUUACUGAAACUACAUGGAAUAAUUGAAGUCCCUUCAAGUAUGAAAGUAAACAUUUUAGGACAAAUAAAAGGAAAUUCAGCUUUGUACU